AUAAAGCUUCUGACUCCAAUAUUUUCCUUUAACAAUGUUCCAGAAGAGUGGGAGGACGUUGAGGGGGAAGACGAUGAUGAUAUGGAGGAAGAGGAGGAGGAGGAUGAUGAGGAGGAAGAGGAGACGAUGGACCAGGAGGAAGGGGAUGCUGCUGCCGUGUCCGCCCCACGUCCAGCUGCUCUGCCGGGGUCCAUCCCCGUCACCGACUGCCUGUUCUGCUCACACCACUCCAAGUCCCUGAUGAAGAACGUGGCCCACAUGACGCGAGUGCACAGCUUCUUCCUCCCCGACCUCGAGUUCCUCGUCGACCUCAAGGGCCUCAUGCGGUACCUCGGAGAGAAGGUGGGAGCGGGGAACGUGUGUCUGUGGUGUAACGAGAAGGGGCGCUCGUUUUAUUCGGCUGAAGCAGUUCAGAGUCACAUGACCGACAAAAGCCACUGUAAGCUCUUCACGGACGGAGACACCGCUCUGGAGUUCGCAGACUUCUACGACUUCAGGAGCAGCUACCCAGACAGGAAAGAGGGAGAGGACGCAGGGAAGGACAAAGACGAGCUUCCUGAUGACCAGAACCUCGAGUAUGACGAUGAACUGCUCGAACUGACGCUGCCUUCAGGCGCUAAGAUCGGACACCGCUCCCUCCUGAGGUAUUACAAACAGCGUUUCGGCGCUCAGAAAGCUCUGGUUCUGAGCCACAACAAGAACGCCGUGGGCCGAGUCAUGAAGCAGUACCGAGCUCUGGGCUGGGGAGGAGACGGAGGCUUUGCCGCCAUGAACCACAAGCAGAAGGACAUGCAGUACGUUCAGAAGAUGAAGAACAAGUGGAUGCAGAAGAUGGGAAUGCGCAACAACACCAUCUUGCAGGCGCACUUCAGAUUACAAAUCAUGUUCUAGACCCCGGCAGACUUCACACUCUUAGGAUGUCAGCUUUUAUCCAGAACACAAGACUUUCAGUGCAGCUGCAGAAACGCUGGCCUGUGGCACGACAUCAUUAACACGUGGAGACAAGUGAAGCUGUGUUGUGUUUGAAGGAGACGCAGUCAUGUUGAUGUGGAGGAAUCUUUACUUUAACUCGAGAGCAGUUCAAUUACAUUUUCAGUUAAAUCUGUGUUGAAUACUUUCCGUAAAUCUGCUUUGAGAAUCAACCCGAGUGCAAAAUCAACAACUUUGUGGAGAUAAAAAGCAUGACUCACGAUCAUUAAACUAUGUGUUGACUAAAAGCUGCAGUAAAUCGAUAUUAAGACAAUAUUUUAGACUCUGUUCACUUACAAAACCUACUCUGCAUGUAAUACAUUAAACUGAUAAAUGUGAAAAUAAAUAGUUUUCCCUUUUUA